AUGGAGGGAGGCGAGGGCGGGGGAGCUGUGGACUAUGGGAGGCGAGGGCGGGGGAGCUGGGGACUAUGGGAGGCAAGGGCGGGGGAGCUGGGGACUAUGGGAGGCGAGGGCGGGGGAGGUGGGGACUAUGAGAGGCGAGGGCGGGGGAGCUGGGGACUAUGGGAGGCGAGGGCGGGGGAGCUGGAGACUAUGGGAGGCGAGGGCGGGGGAGCUGGGGACUAUGGGAGGCGAGGGCGGGGGAGCUGGGGACUAUGGGAGGCGAGGGUGGGGGAGCUGGGGACUAUGGGAGGCGAGGGCGGGGGAGCUGGGGACUAUGGGAGGCGAGGGCGGGGGAGCUGGGGACUAUGGGAGGCGAGGGCGGGGGAGCUGGGGACUAUGAGAGGCGAGGGCGGGGAGCUGGGGACUAUGGGAGGCGAGGGCGGGGGAGCUGUGGACUAUGGGAGGCGAGGGCGGGGGAGCUGGGGACUAUGGGAGGCGAGGGCGGGGGAGCUGGGGACUAUGGGAGGCGAGGAUGGGGGAGCUGGGGACUAUGGGAGGCGAGGGCGGGGGAGCUGGGGACUAUGGGAGGCGAGGGCGGGGGAGCUGGGGACUAUGGGAGGCGAGGGCGGGGGAGCUGGGGAUUAUGGGAAGCGAGGGGGGGGGGGCUGGGGACUGUGGGAGGCGAGGGCGGGGGAGCUGGGGACUGUGGGAGGCGAGGGCGGGGGAGCUGGGGACUGUGGGAGGCGAGGGCGGGGGAGCUGGGGACUGUGGGAGGCGAGGGCGGGGGAGCUGGGGACUGUGGGAGGCGAGGGCAGGGGAGCUGGGGACUAUGGGAGGCGAGGGCGGGGGAGCUGGGGACUAUGUGGGGAACAGUGGCGUAUGUUAACAUAG